AUGAAUCGCUGCAAUAUCCCAAUUAUCGUCCUGCCCGGGACUUCAUCUCCUGCUGAUAUUAAGAGAGCCAUCGAUACGAGCAACCAGACUGUAGAAAAAUCCGAUGGAAAGAGGAACAAAUGCAAGAGCAGAAAAAGCUUCGCUGACUUCAAUCUUGCUUCCUUGCCAUACAGAGUGUUGUUCAUCUUUGGCGUUAUCGUUGUGCUGUUACAGAACAACACCACCUCUUCCAGCUUAGGAGUUAGCAGAAAUGGUAGAUCCUUAGGUGAGCACUAUCAUGAUGACCCGUAUGAUGACAGGCAUGAUAAGGAUAAGCGUAAUAUUAUUAUAAAUCCAGCAGCCCCCAUUGAACCCGAUGAUGAUAGGCAUGAUAAACCACAUGAUGACAGGCAUGAUAAACCACAUGAUGACAGGCAUGAUAAACCACAUGAUGACCCCUUUGAUGACAGGCAUGAUAAACCGCAUGAUGACCCCUUUGAUGACAGGCAUGAUAAACCGCAUGAUGACCCCUUUGAUGACAGGCAUGAUAAGGAUAAGCGUAAUAUUAUUAUAAAUCCAGCAGCCCCCAUUGAACCCGAUGAUGAUAGGCAUGAUAAACCACAUGAUGACAGGCAUGAUAAACCACAUGAUGACCCAUUUGAUGACAGGCAUGAUAAACCGCAUGAUGACCCUUUUGAUGACAGGCAUGAUAAGGAUGAUAAGCAUACUAUUCAUAAUAUGAAACCUGAACCUGCAUACGAUGAUGAAAAAGAUGAUAAGAGUAAUGUUAUUAAUGACGAUACACCAUCUCCCGCUAAACCUGAUGAUGAUCCUCAUCACGAUGGAUCUCAUCCCCGCCAGCGUGGACGUCGCGUUGGUGUAACAGGAGCAAUGCCUCAAGGUCCUGGUCGAAGAAGUGAUAGAAGAGGAGACAAAAGGGAAUUAAGAAAUGAUGAUGAACGCAGAAGAGCCGUAGAUGGCAGGAGAGGAAGAGGUGGAUAUGACGAUUAUAAUGGCCCCGAUGGAUUUGAAAGUUAUUAUAACAGACGAUUCGGAAGAGGUGAUGAUGAUCGUGAAAUUAAAUACGAUGAAAGUAAAGAAGAAUUUGAUGAAGAAUUCCAUGGAAAGGAAGGUGACGAACGAACUAUUCAUUAUGCACGAACUCAUAGAAUGAUAGAUGAUGAUAUACCACAUCCCCCUAAUGGACGAAUGAGAAGAGGUGAUGAUGAUCGUGAAAUUAAAUACGAUGAAAGUAAAGAAGAAUUUGAUGAAGAAUUCCAUGGAAAGGAAGGUGAUGAACGAACUAUUCAUUAUGCACGAACUCAUAGAAUGAUAGAUGAUGAUAUACCACAUCCCCCUAAUAGACGACUCAAAAGAGGUGAUGAUGGCCGUGAAAUUAAAUACGCUGAAACUCACAGAGCAUAUGAUGAGGAAUCCCAUGGAAAGGAAGGUGACGAUAGAACCAUUCAUUAUUCAGAAACUAGUAGAAUGAUAGAUGAUGAUAUACCACAUCCCCCUAAUAGACGACUCAAAAGAGGUGAUGAUGGCCGUGAAAUUCAUUAUGCAGAAACUCGAAGAGCAUAUGAUGAUGAAUUCCAUGGAAAGGAAGGUGAUGAUCGAACCUUCCAUUAUUCAGAAACUAGUAGAAUGAUAGAUGAUGAUAUACCACAUCCCCCUAAUAGACGACUCAAAAGAGGUGAUGAUGGCCGUGAAAUUAAAUACGCUGAAACUCACAGAGCAUAUGAUGAGGAAUCCCAUGGAAAGGAAGGUGACGAUAGAACCAUUCAUUAUUCAGAAACUAGAAGAAUGAUAGAUGAUGAUAUACCACAUCCCCCUAAUAGACGAUUCAAAAGAGGUGAUGAUGGCCGUGAAAUUCAUUAUGCAGAAACUCGAAGAGCAUAUGAUGAUGAAUCCCAUGGAAAAGGAGGUGACGAUAGAACCAUUCAUUAUUCAGAAACUAGUAGAAUAAUAGAUGAUGAUAUACCACAUCCCCCUAAUAGACGACUCAAAAGAGGUGAUGAUGGCCGUGAAAUUCAUUAUGCAGAAACUCGAAGAGCAUAUGAUGAUGAAUCCCAUGGAAAGGAAGGUGAUGAUCGAACCUUCCAUUAUUCAGAAACUAGUAGAAUGAUAGAUGAUGAUAUACCACAUCCCCCUAAUAGACGACUCAAAAGAGGUGACGGCCGUUCAGCUGAUUAUGACAGAUUUAAUUCCAUGAGAUAUGAAGGAGAUUUUAACCAAGGCCGUAGAGGUGGAAGAAUGAGAAAUGCAAAUCCUUUUAGUGUCCCAGGAGGUAGAAAAGAUGAUGAUCGCACAUUUCGUAGAGCCGAUGCUAAUAGAAUGAUAGAUGAUGUGAAUGACCCAAGAAAACCCCAUGACUCCAGAUCACCAAAUAGAAAACCUGAAGACGACCCAAGGCAAAUCCACAAUUCUCGUGAAAAUCCUAUGAAACCUGAUGAUAAAUUCUUUGAUGAAGAAAGAUUUGGCCGCCAUGGUGGACCAGGAAAAUUGCCAGAUGGAAGAAACAGACCUCCUAUGAGUGUAGGAUCACAGGGAGAUCAAGGAAGAAGGGAUAAACGAGGACGAGAUGGAAGACUUGAUAUGGAAGGAGACAGGUUCAACUCCAGAGCAGAUUUCAUGAGAAGAUCUCCAGAUGAACGCGGAAGACAAGGAGGCAGAGACAUGUAUGGACGACCCCAUGGUGACGAUGAACGACUCCCAUUCGGAUGCACCCGAGCUGAAUUAGAAGAGCAGAUGACUGAAGAGGAAUUAAACAGCAAAAUCAAAAACUUGAGACCAAAUGCAACCGUCAAGGAGAUGUUCGUUCUGUUCAACCAGAUACUCUCCCUCGAAAGAAAGAAGUUUGUUAAGACGCAAGAGUAUAUUAUGCAAUACUCACAUUAUUUACAGAAGACUCUGGCAUUACCAACCCCAAUCAGAAUGAAGUACUGGUGGAGGGCACACUACAACAUGACCGACGAAUUGAUUAAGAAAGAGAGAGGAGACUUCCAAGAUUUCUAUGCCUUUGUAAACAAGGGACCAUGCCAGAAAUGGGACUUCCUUUACUUCGCCAAUGCCAAGAGAAAGUCGUGGGAUGAACUCAGAGAUUUAAUGAAGAGCGUAUGGAUGGAAAUCUUAACCUACAAGAUGAAGAAACACAGUAAAUUGUAA